UUCUCCUCAGCAUCUGAGUCCACAGACUGUAACCAAUGACGGUCACCUACACAGCUAGAGUGGCAAACGCCCGAUUCUGUGGUUUCUCCAAACUGCUGCUGGUCUGGAAAGGUAGCAUCUACAAGGUUCUGUACAAGGAGUUCCUGGCCUUCUUCGCCAUGUACGCUGCCAUCAGCACCACCUACAGAUUCCUCCUCCAUGACGACCAGAAGAGAUACUUUGAAAAACUGGCCAUUUACUGCAACCACUACGCCAGUCUGAUCCCCAUGUCCUUUGUUCUGGGGUUCUACGUGACACUGGUGGUGAACCGCUGGUGGAACCAGUACACCAACAUUCCCCUCCCGGACCGGCUCAUGUGUGUCCUUUCUGGAGGCGUUCACGGCAGUGACGAACGUGGACGUCUGCUGAGACGCACCAUGAUGCGAUACGCCAGCCUGUCAGCUCUGCUCAUCCUCCGCUCAGUCAGCACGGCCGUGUUCAAACGCUUCCCCACCAUGGACCAUGUGGUGGAGGCUGGAUUCAUGAGCAAAGAGGAGCGCAAGAAGUUUGAGGGACUUCAUUCCCGCUUCAACAAAUACUGGAUUCCCUGUGUGUGGUUCACUAACCUGGCUGCUGUGGCCCGGUGUGAGGGCCGGGUCAGGGACGAUCACACACUCAAACUGCUGCUGGAGGAGCUGAACGUGUUCAGGGGAAAGUGCAGCAUGUUGUUUCACUAUGACAUGAUCAGUGUUCCUCUGGUUUACACUCAGGUGGUGACUCUGGCGGUGUACAGUUUUUUCCUGGUGUGUCUUAUCGGGCGUCAGUUCCUGGACCCAGGUCAAGGUUAUCCAGGUCACGACCUGGACCUGUAUGUUCCCAUCUUCACUCUGCUGCAGUUCUUCUUCUAUGCAGGAUGGCUCAAGGUAGCAGAGCAGUUGAUUAACCCCUUUGGAGAAGAUGACGACGACUUUGAGACAAACUGGCUGAUCGACAGGAACUUUCAGGUGUCCAUGAUGGCUGUAGAUGAGAUGUAUGGAGAUCUUCCAAUGUUGGAGAAAGACCGCUACUGGAACGACUCCAACCCUCGACCUCUGUACACAGCAGCCACUCUCUACAUCCUCCGAAAGCCCUCUUUUCAGGGCUCCACCUUUGACAUGGCGAUUCCAAAGGAGGAGAUGCACUUUCAGCCUCUGGAGGAAAUAUCUGAGAACUUGGAGGAGUCUGGAAACCGUCACCCGAACAUGGCUCUUUUUAACAGACUCCUCAAUGCAGCUCCAUCGCCCACGGGCUUCAUGGGUCUUCAUCGAACCUCAAACCAGCUUCAAAGGCUGCAUCACUCCCCUGGCAUUGACAUGUGCUCCCCUGAUGAUGAUGGUGAUGAUGAUGAUGAUGAUGAUGAUGAUGAUGAUGAUGAUGAUGAUGAUGACAGUUGUAGGACUUUAGGAUGGUCUCUGCCAUCGGGGCUGGGUCAGGACACUCAGAGCACCAUGUGCAGCUUCAGUGAGGAGCGGGGCCUCAGAACUCCUCUGCUGGAGAUUCAGUUUGGAGACAUGCAGGAGGAAGGAGCAGAACAUCUCACCAUCAGUGAGGAGGAGGAGGUGAACAGUUGGAGGGUGGAGAGAGGGGAGGCAAACUGCAAAGGUUCGCUGUCAGUCUCGCGACUUCCUCCUCCUCCAUCGUCCACUCGACCAGCCUCCACCUUGUCCAUCACUUCCCACAACACCUCUGCCUUCAUGUUCCAGCCGAGCGUCCACUCUAGUCUGGAGCACUGCAGCUCACAGCCAGCCAUCAACCGCAGCCGAGCUUCCACCUCACAUCCUUCACCUCUGUGUGUUGACAACAAAAUGUCCUUCCUCACUGUUCCUUCUUAUGAUCAACCGCAGCGUUUUCGCAGCGUGAGCAUGGACUCAGAGUUCAUUGGAGCUUAGGCUGAAAGUGAAACACACGUUCUCAAAACUGGAAUUA